AUGGCUGAAUUUCAAUUAAUCGGUGAAUUCCAGUCAAAUAAACAAAUCGGACGUCUCGUUGCUCCUGAUAAAGAUAUUUCUCGUUCAACUAGUAGCAGUGUGGAUGAGCUAUUCCCUCGAGAGCAUGUCACAACUCAUGAAGCUGAAUGCAAUUCCCUUGACACUGACAUGCGGUACGACGGCUUGGGUAAAAGUAAAGAAAGAGAGGAGUUUCCUUACAGGCUAAGAUACGAUCAAGAUUACGGCUCUGAAGGAAGUAGUAUGCUACAACGGAGAGAGAUCCAGUUAGGUCCCGAGCAGAAAUUGCGAGGGUUCAUAACGAUCCUAUUCUCCGACGUUCUCCAGAAACAUCCAAAUGGAGAGAUCCUGGGAAAUGGACCUUCAAUGUCUGACGUUGCCGCACGUGUGCUGUCAGCUUUACCGCCUAUUUACCUUCGAGACGAUCACCACGAGAAAUACGAUACGUUAGCUGUGCGAUUGCUUGCAGAUAGUAUCAAAAACAGUGAUUCUGUGCACGGGUCCACUUCUGAAGUGAGUUUUUUGCAAUUACGUCCUUGGUUCUGA